AUGGAUAUGGCUACUUCGGACUCCGAUGGUGAAUAUGAGUAUGAAUAUGGUCCAGAAACAGAGACCUUCUACCUCAACCUGGACCUAACCGCCCACCACGGUGCAGUACGUCCACCGCGUCGUCGCAAGGACCCUGCAGUUUCCUUUGAUACCCCUCAAAUGUCCCGGCAUAAUGGCGGUAUAGAUCGUCCGAGCGAAGCUUUCGGUCCAAUCCAGAGCACCGAGAGAGGUGGUUACUCAAACAACGAGCGAAUCCAGGUCCUCGGUCUCCACACGUGCAACCCAAUCGUCUCGUAUCAAAAUCAAAUGUUCUCCUGCUCGUGGGCCGAUCAGAUCGGCACCGAGUUAGUCUUUUCAAGUCCAAAUACAGCACCAGAGCCCGCCAACCAACCCGAGCCAUUGCAUCGCGGGCCCUCCUUCGAGCUUGUGGCCGCUAACAGCGUGAAGAUCCUUGGUCGCAAAGCACACCUCACCUCGAGUUCUGGAAAGAGACUGGCCCCAACUACUGAAGCGGGGACUCCAGCGACAAACCCUCUUUUCAACACCACCUCUCAGGAACCUGCGCAAACGGGCGUGCCCCGGCGUCCGGCCGCACCCUCGUACCAAGCACAGUUCCUCAAUCAACUGCAGGACUUGAAAGCCUCCAGAGGAGAGUCAGACACCGUCCGCAUGGUCAUGGGUGGCAGGCGAGCUGGAAAUGGCGCGGAUAGCUUUGACCGGCAAGGUUGGGAAAGGACUGAGGCAAGCCUUGCGAAACUCCGCCUACUCCAGGAGCAAGCAGCAAGCGGGGAUGUAGAGGCUCAGAUGAAACUUGAAAUCAUGGCUCAGGAAAUCCACCCCGGAUUUGACUCUGAUUCUGAAUACGAUUGGGAUAGUGACGACCUUCCAUGA